AUGUCAUACGUGGAUAGCCAGAGUGUCUUCAGAGCCAGAUGCGAUGAGAUCAAAUUGUCCCAAGCGACUUUUGACGCGUUGACGGCAAAGGGAUGGUCAACCUUUGGCAGCUAUGCCUUCUCAGUGUCAACGAAUCCGGCACAGAUUUCAGAUGACGAUUUUGAUUCAAAGGUGGCAGUGCCCAUUUUGGGGAACUCCAAUGCAGCUGAAGCAGCAUUGCUUCGGCGAUUGCUCUUCGAGAGCUACACCCUGACAGCGACAGAGCUGAAGCGGAAGGCUGACAAUACAGAGGGCGAUGGGCCGAAGAAACUACCCAUCCAAGAGAUAGCGGCCAGGUUUACCAACCUUGAGAAGAAGCUUGCGCCUUUGAAGCCAUCAGCGCCGAGUCCUCAUCAACCACGACCAAAGCACAAACCUUGGUCACCUCCAAAAGGGGGUAAGUUUGACAAGAAGAAUCGCAAGGCUUCGAAAACACCAAUGCCAUUGCAAUUGCGGGGUGGCACCCCAGAUCAGUGUCUUCCCAAGCAGCUGAUGAGCGAGUCUGGCGAGGUCGAAGGGGCCUCGACGCCUGGUGUUGCGAAGGCAACAUCAUCAUUUUUUCCUUCAGUGGAGUUCAUCCAGGGUGAGCCUGUUUCCAAUGAGGUUCCAGUCGAAGGGCUGGCGCCGUCCUUUUCUGAUCGGCCAGAAGUGGCCAAACAGGGGACUGACCCUGUGCAAGUCCAAGUUGGUGCAAAGGCACCGCCUGUGUGUGCACAAUUCCGCACACUUGGUGGCCGUGCGAUUGGCGUGGACCACCACUUGAAGCGUGCGUCGCUAAAGGCAGCUGCAGUGAAGUUGGACCUGACGCAGGUCUGGGUCCAAGAGCUGAUUAUCAGAGAAGUGCAACUGGGUCGAAUUGAUUGUGUCCAUUUGGGACCUCCGUGCGGCACAGCUUCGAAGGCGAGAAACAUCCCGAUAAAGCGGAAGCUAAUCAAAAAGGGAGCUCCAAACCCACAGCCAUUACGGAGCUCCACUCACCCCUUGGGAUUCCCUUGGUUGAAAGGGAUCAACAGAGCGAAAGUGCUGGCCGCAAAUUGCCUCUAUGAAUUCUCUGCCAAAUUGAUUUUGAUUUGCAAUUCACAUGAUGUGCUGUUUACUGUGGAAAACCCACAAAACUCUCUGCUGUGGGAGACUCCAUUUUUUGCGAAAAUUUUGGAUCAAUUCUUUUUCCAUGUGGUAGAUGCUUGCGAGUAUGGAUCAGAACACAAGAAAGCAACAGCAUUCCUUGCGAAUUUUGAUGCGCCCAGACUGAAACAGAGGUGCCGCGGGAAUCACCAGCAUGCAGCUUGGAAAGUCAGGCAACUUGAAUCAGGCCAAUGGGCAUUUGACACGGCCAAAGAGGCCGAAUAUCCAAAGAAGCUUGCUCUUGAGCUAGCUGCUGCAUUUCUGGAUGAGCUGGCACAGCGCGGCAAAUUUAUUUAUGAGGAAACAUUACAAGACCAUGCAGUGAAAGUUUCGGCGGAAGUGCAACCCCGCCGCACCAAAGGGCCACUUAUUCUUUCUGAAUUUAAGACAAAAGUGUGCAUAGAGUGCGCAUCUUCAGACAAUCCUCCAUCAACAAUACCCGAGGAAGCCCAUCCUCCUUGGCAGGGAAUUCCUGUCGGCUCGAAGCUCGUCGACCUGCAGCCGGUGCGUUCUGAAAAUGGGGAUAGUGGCCGGCUGAAAGCAGUUUAUGGUGUCUAUUUUUCUCCUGCUGAAUUUGUGCAACAUGUCCAAACCCUGCGUCAUCCCUUUGACAUUCCCAUGCCGCUUGACGAAGCCAACAUGCAGUCAAUUUCCUUUAUUUUGGCAAACAGCCCUUCGAAGGUUGCAAGGCAUAGGUCUGAAACGUUGAAGUACUAUAUGGAGCGAGCAAAAGCUUUGCACGAAGAUGAGAGACAGUUGCAUAGAAAGUUGGACCCUGCAAUUCAGCCAGUUCUGCAGUCAAAGCGGCUGCUCCUCUUCAAGGAGAUGCUCAGAGAUGCGGGAGUCGUGGACCAAGCACUAUUUGAAGAAGUCUGCUCAGGAUUCAGGCUGGUAGGCGAUUUGAGCCCCUCUGGUCAAUUUCCGAGCCAGUGGAAGCCAGCUGCUUUGGGAGUUGAACAGUUACAGCAGACAGCCAUUUGGGCACAGAGAGCGGUUGUUGGUUCGUGCAGACGCGUCUUGGAAGAUGCAGAGAUUGCCAAUGCUGUUUGGCAGGAAACCAUGGAACAAGCGGCUCCUGACAAGCGUUGGGUGAUUGGCCCGUUCACUGCGGAGGAGGUCACAAGGAAGCAUGGGCCCCACUGGGUACCUUCCCGCAGGUUCGGCGUCAGGCAAAGUGGAAAGAUCAGAUCUGUUGACGAUUUUUCCCAAUACUUGAUCAAUGCCACGGUUUCUUGCCACGAGAAGAUUGAUUUGGAAGGCAUCGAUCACAUUUGUGCCACUUCAAGAUUUUUUCUGGGUGCGAUGCGCAACAGGUCAAGCUGGAGCAUCCCUACGGCCGACAGUGUGGAGUCGGGUCCCAUCGCUUCAGAAUGGUGCAGCCCUGGUGCAAGAGACUUGUUAGGGCGUUGCCUGGACCUCAAACAAGCAUACAAACAGCUUGUCCGACACCCAUGUGAUGCAUGGGCAGCUAUCUUGGCUGUGGCCAACCCAGAAGAUUCCACGGAACAAGUUGACGAGCUAAAGAAGCUCCUUGGAUCCAAUGCCCCGAGGCCCUUGUUUGAAUCCCUCAAGGGCAGAUUGCUCUACGCGGCAGGACAUACAUAUGGCAGAUGCACUCAGCUGGCUUGUCAGUUGCUUCACAAAUUUGGAGGUGAAGGACCCUCCACAAAGGUUUCCCCGCAGUUGAUACAUGUCAUUUCGCAUGCGUUGUCCUUGCUGAUGGAAUCCAAGCCACGUACUGUUGAGUCAUGGGCUGAGUGCCCACCCUUGCUUCUUUUUACGGAUGGUGCUGCAGAAGAAUCUUUCGAAAGGGUCACCCACGGUGCGGUCUUGGUAGACCCGUGGAAGCAAACCAGCUAUUACUUUGGUGAUCAGAUUCCUGCUGAAUUCUUGAGACUUUGGACGAGGUCCGGCAAAAGGCAAGUUAUUGCCCAAGCCGAAGUCUUCCCUGUCGUGAUUGCCAAGUCCACGUGGGAAGAAUCUUUGCGGGGCCGUAGCAUCUUGUGGUUCCUUGACAACGAGUCGGCGCGCAUGGCGUUGAUUCGAAAUUUCUCUGGAGUAUUGGACAAUUUUUUUCUUCUGCAGAUGAAUGCAGCAAUGGACGUCAAGGUUCAGGCUAGAAAUUGGUACAGCCGAGUACCAUCGAAGAGUAACCCAGCAGAUGAUGCUUCACGACUGGUUUUUUCGGACUACAAGAACUCCAUCAGGUCCAAACCGGACUACGUUCCAGCCUUGGAAUUUCUGAAUGAGUCAUGGAAGCUGGCAAGUAUGUUAGAAGUGGGGAGGUAG